GCACAAGCCUACCUAAUUUGCAGGUGCUUCGCCUAACAUCAAACUUGUUCAUGGGCCGCAUGCCGUUGCAAUUAUGUCAUCUAACAUCUCUUCAAAUCUUGGACCUCUCUCACAAUAGUAUUACAGGGACUAUACCAAAAUGCCUUAAUAACUUCACUGUGAUGGCUCAACAAAAGAGUUCAUAUGUAAGCAUCAGCACUGAUUAUUCAGAUUAUUAUUCGUACCACUAUUAUGAACCCACUUAUGUAAACAAUUUAUUGGUGAGUUUCAGAGGAAAAUAUCUCGAAUAUAGUAAAACUCUUGGACUAGUAAAAGUCAUCGAUCUUUCGAGCAACAAAUUGAAAGGAGAAAUUCCAAAAGGAAUAACAAGUCUCUCAGGAUUGAUUGCGUUGAACCUGUCUAGGAAUUUGUUGACUGGCAUCAUCCCACAGAAUAUUGGCCACAUGGAGAGUUUGGAGUCUUUGGACUUGUCGAGAAAUCACCUUUCCGGCAUAAUUGCCCCAAGCUUGGCUAAUAUAAGCUUUUUGAGCUAUUUGAAUUUGUCAAACAACAACUUGUCAGGUAGAAUCCCAACAGGAACCCAGCUCCAGACCUUCAAUGCUUCUGCAUAUAUAGGUAAUCCAUAUCUUUGUGGUUUGUCUCUUCUAAAAAAGUGUGUGGGAGAUGAAGCAGCUCGAGGUCCUCAAACUGGUAGCAAACAAGGAGAAGGAAAUAUUCAAGAACAUGCAAACUCCCGCGAACAUCUAUGGUUUUAUGCUAGCAUUGCACUUGGAUUCAUCUUUGGAUUUUGGGGUGUUUGUGGAACGUUGCUAUUGAAAAAUUCUUGGAGGCAUGCUUAUUUCCGGUACCUAGAGAGAAUAGGAGAUUGGAUCUCGGUAACAACAGCUGUUAGCAUGGCCAAAUUACUUGGAAACUUCAAGACUCGGUGCUAAACAAAAAGACUUUUAGACAAAGGUUGAAAUGUUGUUGUCAAUAAUUGCCCUUUCUUUCAAAUAAUUCAUGCUUGUAGUUUCGUUGCCACUUGUCAGUUGUCCUCCGUAAAUUGUAAUGGUUUGAAGCUAAUAAACU